GGUCGCGUUGUGGUUCGUGGCUCGUCACUCGUGGCAAUUGUUGACAGCCACCGUAGGGUAAGCUCGGCACAGCUGUGCGCUUGACACAGCUGCACAGUUUGCUCAAAUUGUCAGCGGCACUGGAGCCUCGUCCGCCGUUCGCGUCCCGGCGCAGCCACGUCCAGGCUGCGUGUCCCGGCCACCGACAACCGUCGCGUCGACAGAUCGAGCCGCAUCGUCGUCGAGAGACUGGGAGGGACACGGAACUGGGAAAAAUGAGCAGUAGAUCGCAGAUGACUACGAUGAAUGGGAAGAGGCCCUCAUCGAUACCUUCCAGACAUCAGCCAGAGGCACUGGCGCAACACUUUGACCUGAUCAAGUAUAUCUAUGAUUCGUGGAAUUCUGUAUCUAAAGAGUUAGAUAUGUGCCACAAUCAACCACACAGUAACUCCUCCAAUUAUAGACAUGGAGCGUCAGUUACAUAUUACCAAGAACGUGAGCCAAACCCACAGUUGAAAGAUUUUGAGCCAUUUAACUUGGAGGCAUGGUGGGGACAGCGUGUUGUGCAAAGUAUUACUAGGAAUGCAAAUUCCUAGUGCCAGGCCCAACAUGUUGACUAUAAUCGGACAUUUUCAAACAGACACAAGAAACAAAAAAGAUAAAUUGCAAGUCAACAAAUCCAAUCUUUCGACAUUCGUUAUACAUCUAAAAGUAACAACAUUUUAGAGUUGGGAUUCGAAUACAGAAGCACAUAGAAAGACAUAAACAGUAAGACUUAAACGUUAAGUCGCUCGAACAACCAAAGUAGAGAGUUCUUCAAAAUGGCAAUCUUCUCAAGAAUUUCUUCUUGCAAUUGAUCGAUUUCUUCAAUAUAUAGGUCUUAUUGCUAACGUUUUUACGCAAUAAGAGGAAAAUAAUGAGCGCCAACACAAGAAUUAAAUCCCCAAUUUUCGUUUUAGAUAUAUGACGUACGUAUUUAUUUGAAAAAUAUUUUUUCAAUCUUUUAAUAAAGAAAAGAGUAGAAAGAAGGAGACUGUAAUACGGGAUAAAUGAAAGAAAUGUGCUAAACAUUUAAUGCUAAUAGUGAAGAUAAAGAUAUGACGACAGAGAUAUAGGCAUCACUAUACAUUCCUUUUAUACCGAUUGUGUUUUAAUGGGAUACAUUAAACUUCUUUUGCUUU